AAUUCAUUUAAUACGGCCGACGCUUCUUUCUUAUUCGCCUUGCAUGCUUCCUUCCCAUUCCGUCUGAUCGCACGCUCCUUCCCAUUCCGUCUGAUCUCACGCGAGAGGGAGAGGGAGAGGGAGGCCAAACCCUACGCUCAAAUUCCGGCUUCAGGCAGUAAUCUCUUCGGCGUUCCUUGUUUGGAGGCACAUUUUGAUAUUCUUGUGGAGAGAAUAAUUUGUCAGCUAGAACAGAUUGCUCAAGGACUUUUCUGACUAUAAGAAAAACUCAUUUGCAGCAGCUGCUUGCUUUUUCGUGAUAUGAAUUUUGAUGAUGGAAACCCUCAUAUAUUUUCAAUGGAUUCCAAUGUGUUAAAUGGAUUUGGGGUUAAUUAUUUAUCACAUUUAUGUUCACUUGUGGAUUUCUCAUUGCUCAAUUCCAACCAUUUAGUCAUUUCUGGAAGUGGAGCUCUUCAAGAAGCAUUCAAUUGUAUUUCCAAGUUUGCGGGGGCACUGUUUAUCUGGUUAUCAACCUGUUCAAAUCCCGGUAGAGGUCGUAAAAUUUUAAGAAGCAUCUCACGAGGAUCAAAUAUUAAAAAUCAUAAAGCUUGUUCUGAAAUUAAACAUAUUGCUAGGACUAACAAAAUAAAGAUAUUGCCCUUUUUUUCUGGGGCAGAUUUGCAUUCUGUAAUUCCAUUUGUCUUUUCCAAGUUUGCUAAUUCAACAGCUACUAGGCUAUGGAAAGAAUUUGGAUCAUGCCAAGCUUUUCCUGUGCUGUCAUUAGCUGCUGCUCUUGUACCUCCUUUCGAAAAUCUGUCGGCAAAAGUGCUAUCGGACUCCAUCCAGCUUGGAAUGGUUGGUGAUCAGAUUGGUGAACAUGUGUUUUUACAAAACAAAGAGGAAGGCAACCAAGUUUGUGACACGUGCAUUAUACCAGGCAGAACUUUGUCUAGAGAUGCAGUUGAACCAAAAACUGGGAUUUCAUUUCCAACAGUUCUGGACAAACCUUUAUCUGGCGAGGUUACUUCUAAUCUCACUGCAGAGGUUCUUGUUGGAAUGGGUUUUAGAAGCAUGAAAAUAAUAAAAUUCAAAUCUUUGAAGAUUUAUGCAUUCGGCUUAUAUGUCCAUUUUGGUUCCAUCUGUAAGAAAUUGGGCCAUAAGUAUGCUUCCGUUUCUGCCAUUGAGCUAAAGGAUUGCUCUGAUUUUUAUGAAGAUCUUCUGCGGGAAGAUGUCGGUUUAACUGUUAGGCUGGUUGUCAAUUGCAGCGGACUAAAAAUUAAUUCUGUGCGGGACGCCUUUGAGAAGUCACUGCGCGCUAGAUUGCUGAAGAUGAAUCCUAAUACAGAUUAUGAAUGCUUGAGCGUUUUUGGUUCUUAUUUCAUGGAAGAUAUCCCUCUACCAAUAGGCACAACAAUUGAUUUUAGACGAACCACCGAUGGUCGACUGAUAACAGAAAUUGGUGGUAGGCAUAUUGGUGCUGUUCAGAGCAAAGAUUUAUGCAGGGCUUUCUUUGACAUGUACAUUGGUGAUGUUCCUGUCUCCCACCAAGUUAAGCAAGAUAUGGCAGAGAAUAUUGCCAGACUCAUAAGGAAAUGCUAGACAAAAUAAACCAUCUAAUUGAUGGAUUCUGGCGCUUUCUAAGCCAAUGGGGUCCUAUAAGGAUAAUAUAAUAUUAUUCUGGAGGAUCCAGAUUGUGAGGUCCAUUUAUAUACCAGAUUUAGUUCUAUAGAGAAAAAAAAAUGAUCAGAUUGAAGCAUUUUAAAGGCAGUUGUUAAGGAUGAAGUUCGGGCGUUACCAGAAGAAAUUCAACCGUGUUCAUUCUCAUUCUUUAGUGAGUUCUAUUAGCUGCUGUUGAUUUUAGAGGGCUGGGACUUGCCAAAAGCUUUAUAUUUUGAAUGAUUUGGAUUUAUUAUGGCUCCUGUAAGAAUGAUGGCAUUCUUUGUACAAUGAAUAAUGAGUUAGUAUUGAUUCUUUUGAUGUGUAAAAUAUAAUCUAUGGAUGCAUUCUA